GCUGCACAAGUUGUAGCUUUAGUGCACUAAUUAGCACAACUCCGAUCCAAGCAGAGCUUGGUUAAUUAGAGCUAGCUCCAUGGCGAGCAGCAACUGGCUGGCGCUGGCCAUGGCGGUGGCGGUGGCAGUGGCGAGCACGCUGCCGGCGGCGAGCCGGGCGCAGCUGCAGGUCGGGUUCUACAACACCAGCUGCCCCAGAGCCGAGGCACUGGUCCGGCAGGCCGUCGCGGCCGCCGUCGCCAACAACUCCGGCCUCGCCGCCGGCCUCAUCCGCCUCCAUUUCCACGACUGCUUCGUCAGGGGUUGUGACGCAUCGGUGCUGAUCUUCUCGCCGAACGGCACGGCGGAGCGCGACGCGCCGCCGAACAACCCAAGCCUCCGCGGCUUCGAGGUGGUGGACGCCGCCAAGGCCGCCGUCGAGGCGGCGUGCCCGGGCACCGUCUCCUGCGCCGACAUCCUCGCCUUCGCCGCCCGCGACAGCGUCAACCUCACCGGCAACACCUUCUACCAGGUCCCCGCCGGCCGCCGCGACGGCAGGAUAUCCAACUUCAACGAUGCCUUCACCCUCCCGAACCCGAACGCCACGGCGACGGAGCUUGUCGACGGCUUCCGGAACAGGAGCUUGACCGCCGAGGAGAUGGUCAUCCUCUCCGGCUCCCACACCAUCGGCCGCUCCCACUGCUCCUCCUUCAUCAACAGGAAUAGUGAACGUCUGGCGAACGGGACGAUUAGCCCGGCGUACCAGGCGCUGCUGGAGGCUCUGUGCGCGGCAAACACGUCGACGCCGGUGACGACGGCGAUCGACUUGAGCACGCCGGCGACGCUGGACAACAACUACUACAAGCUGCUGCCGUUGAACCUGGGCCUCUUCUUCUCCGACGACCAGCUCAUCCGCAACGCCACGCUGCUGCCCUUCGUCAACGCCUUCACCGCCAACGAGACGCUCUGGAAGGAGAAGUUUGCCGCCGCCAUGAUCAAGAUGGGCAACAUCGACGUGCUCACCGGCACCCAGGGCGAGAUCAGGCUCAACUGCAGCACCGUCAACGCCCCGUCGUCGUCGGCUUCCGCCGGGACGAUGAUCAUCGACACCGUCUUCCCCGACGCCGACGGCGGUGAGGUCGCCGCGAGCUAACGGGCGUACGAUACGUAGAAACGUACGCUCUAGUGUGGUCGUGAUGUAAAAUUAAUAAUGCGAUCGCGUGCACCUGCCCGCAGUGUUUCUUACGCCUGGUUUGGUUGGUUU